AUGUUACCACCAAAUGACUUAUUGCAACUGACGGAUGAGGAUGUAAAAACAUUAAAGAAGUGCAGACAAAUCUCAUUUUGGAGAGGCAGUCUCCCAUUCUCCAUCGGUGCUCUUUUAGCUGUUAGUGCUGCUGAUAAAUAUGGAUGGUUUUCAAAGCGUAAGAUGUUUCGUUUUCCAUCUUAUUUUUUCGGAGUUACCAUUGGUUAUUUCGUUGGGCAAUUCAGUUGUGCAGGAGAAUGUAGACGUAUGUUUCUCCAGCUUAACAAUAGUCGAAUCAAAGAUCAGAUUCUUAGAAUGGAAACUCCCGGAACAUUUCAACCUACUCCUGGUUCACCUAUAAUUGUAAAUACACCUGUAGAAAAACAUCCACCUAUGAAUUAUGAACAACGUAGACAGUUUUAUAAUAAGCAACGUGAACAAUCUACAUCUCCGUACCCCAGUUCCAAACCACCGACAACGAUUGAAGAAGAGGAUACAACAUCCGAUCAAACAAACUCAAGUCUAUCGUACUUUGAUAAUGAUAGACCAAUUAGUUCAUUUUAUUAUGAUAAUGAUGUCUAUCGACCUAAAGAGGAAUAA